UUGUGUGAACAUGUCUAAAGUCCAGCUGCUGAGAGUUUUUGUCGCCCAGAGACUGAGAGCAGCAGCUGAGGAGAUCUGCGGGCUGUUUGAGAGGACAUUAUCAGAGUAUGAGGAGGAGGUGGGGAGGCUGCUGCAGGACUCUGACAGGACUCUGAUCCACAGACACACCACAGAGGUCCAGCAGCAGCUGUUGGUGGUUAAAGAAGAGGUUCCCCCUGAGCAGCAGGAGUGGAGCUCCAGUGUGGACCAGGAGGACCCAGAGCCCCCACACAUUAAAGAGGAAGAGGAGGAACUGUGGAGCAGUCAGGAGGGAGAGCAGCUUCAAGGGCUGGAGGAGGCUGAUAUCACCAAGUUCACAUUCACUCCUGUCCCUGUGAAGAGUGAAGAUGAUGAAGAGGAACCUCAGUCUGAGGGACACCACUGUGGAAGACCAGGACCAGACGAGGACUCAGAUCCAGAUUUAGAACCAGAUAUUGAGGAUGAGAGGCCUGAUGAUUCUUUAGUCGCCGAGAUUGAAGUCAGUGUUGAUGAUUGGAAGGAGACAAGAGAACCUCAGUCUGGUCUGGACACUCUGGAAAACAAUGACGUCCCUGUUGGUGAUUCGAAAUGUGAUGCGGAUGAGAAACCCUUCAGCUGCUCUGAGUGCGGGAAAAGAUACGGCUUCAAGUGGCACCUGAACCGACACAUGGGCUCUCACACAGGAGAGAAACCGUUCAGCUGCUCAGUUUGUGGUAAAUCCUUCAGCGACAGUGGGAGACUGAAGAUACAUAUCAACACUCACGUGGUUAAAAAACCAUUCAACUGCUCCGUCUGUGGGAAAAAUUUUUUGCGCAAACCUUAUCUGAAGAGACACAUGACGACUCACACAGGAGAGAAACCAUUUAACUGCUCCAUGUGCGAUAAAGGAUUUUUGUGUCGGCCGCAUUUGCAGAGACACAUGACGAUCCACACGGGGGAGAAACCGUUCAGCUGCUCCAUGUGUGAUAAAGCUUUCAGCGAGAGCGGAACACUGAAGGUUCACAUGAAAAGUCAUGCUGAAACAAAACCGUUCAGCUGCUCCGUGUGCGGGAAAGCUUUUAGCGAUGGCGGGACGCUGAAGGUGCACAUGAGAAUUCACACGGGAAAGAAACCGUACAACUGCUCAGUGUGUAGUAAGAAAUUUUUGUGUAAGGCAUAUCUGAAGACACACAUGAAAAUCCACUCAGGAGAGAAACCAUUCAGUUGCUCGGUGUGUAACAAAAGAUUCUUGUGUAAGUCGCACCUGAACAGACACAUGACUGUUCACACGGGGGAGAAACCUUUCACUUGCUCCGUGUGUCACAAAGCGUACAGCGAAAACGGGAAACUGAAGUUACACAUGAAAACCCACACGGGAGAGAAACCGUUCAGCUGCUCGGUGUGUGAAAGAAGAUUUUUAUGUAAAACGUAUCUGAUUCGGCACAUGGCGACUCACACAGGAGAGAAGCCGUUCAGCUGUUCUGUGUGCAGCAGAGCUUUCAGUGACAACGCAAAGCUGAAGUUCCACAUUAAGACCCAUACAGGGGAGGAGCCUUUCAGCUGCUCGAUGUGCGAUAAAAAAUUUCUGUGCAAGGCGUAUUUGAUACGACACAUGACCACUCACACCGGAGAGAAACCGUUCAGCUGCUCUUUCUGUGGCAAAGGUUUCAGUGAAAGAGGAAAUCUGAAGAGUCAUGUGAGGAUUCACACGGGAGAGAAACCAUUCAGCUGCUCCGUGUGCGAAAAAGCAUUUGCACAGAGUGCGAGUUUGUCCACGCACAUGAGAACCCACACAGCAGAGAGACCAUUCAGCUGCAGAGUCUGCGACCAGAGAUUCACAUCAUAUAAACUUCUCAGGACCCAUCAGUGCGUUGGGCAUCAAGCGUCAGUCGAGAUCAGAGAGGCGGAGUCUGCGGCCAGCAGCUCAACAUUACACAUAAAACAAGAAGCUGAUGGAGAGGACUGGGGAGGCCCAGAACCAGCCAGGAACACAGAGCUAGAUUUAAAACCAGUUCCUGAUGUCGAGACCGGAGACUGUUCUGAAGUUGAGACUGAUGACAGCGGUGAUUGGAGGGAGACCAGAGAACCUCAGUCAGGUUUAGAGUCUCUGACAAACUAAGCCCCCGUCAGUGAUUCAAGAGAAACUAUUGAUGCAGCUGGCAGAGGACUUUGAAGGACCAUAGUCAGCCAGGAACUCACAUUUAGGAUUAAGAAUUAAUGACGCAGACCGGCCUCAUGCUCAGAGUGGGAUCAGGUUUUCACUGCAGUGUCAUUCGACUCUCCUUUACUGGUGAAAAACGAAGUUCUGAUAAUUCAGUGUAUUCAGUAAACACGUUUACUUUUCUGCACGAUGGUAUAGUGGGUAGCAUAGUAGCCUCACAGCAAGAGGGUUCCUAGUUCGAGCUCUUCUGUGUAGACUUUGCUGUUCUCCCUGUGUGAGCGUGGGUUUCCUCCAGGUGCUCCGGCUUCCUCCCACAGUCCAAAGACAUGCAGGUUAAUUGGUGACUCUAAAUUGUCCAUAGGUGUGAAUGUGAGUGUGAAUGGUUGUCCCUGCCUCGUGCUCAAUGUCAGCUGAGGUAGGCUACAGCCAUCCCGCAAACCCAAACAGGAUAAGUGGUUAUGGACAAUGAAUGAAUGAAUUCUUCACAAUAAACUUAAUGAGAUGGUAAAAUAAAGCCGAUAUCUAGGUGAGAAACUUGUUUUUAGUACUCUUAAAAACUUCUGGUCUCCUGCAGACAGAUGUCAGUAGAGUCUUGCAACACACGCAGCUUGUUUUAGAAGGGGGGUCAUUGGGUGUUACUGCGGUCAGCGAGAUGUUACCACUAUCCGCUGAGGGGGGGCAGCCAGACUUUUGGACCUACUCCAGAGAAGGUCCAAAAGCACAGCUUGGCGUGGCACAGUGUGUCUUAUCUGACAAUGGAAACAGAAAUCUGUUUUUGUGUUGCGAUACGCCUUGCAUUUCUGCGCUCUACACGCCUGGUGUUUGUCCUGGAGCGCUCUGAACUCCUCAAGUUGAAAAAACUUCAGCUCAGAGCAGGAAAGCGCCCCAUGUCAUCUCUUUUUUCAUAAUCUUUUCCCCCAUUGUCCAGUGGGAUGAUGUGAGAGGCGGGCCUUCUGUGGUGGUCACGACAACAAGUGUACAGUUGGUAAACAAUGGAGGAGAAACUGGUGGUAGUGGUUGCUGGAUACCCAGAGCUAUACGACUUUACAAAGCACAGUUAGCACCAUGUCAAUAGAAAACAGCAGAUAAGUGCAGUACUGUAAACAUCCAUGAUGGAGGAGAAGCUCCUGGACCAACUGGUGGUACUCCCCAUGAUCCAGCCUCUUUUUUAGGGUCUCAUGUACCCACACAGAUCUCUGUUUAUCUGCUGACAGCCUCUCACCCUCAACCAGAGCUACAGACAGUACCCUCUGCCUCAACAUGGCAGCAGCUACACACUGAUUACUGGAGAAUAAAUACAAUAAAAUUAAUGGUAGACUGAUUAAACAGGAAGGUUAGGGUAAGGAGGUGAUGGGGUGGUCGCCUGGCAACAAUAAAAUGGUGCAGCAGGUGUUUUGUAAGGCAACUUGAUCCUAUGUCAAUAUAGACAGUGUUGUCUAGAUCUAUAUAUUGGAUAAAAACAUAUCGAUGUGUCGUACCUAGUUUUUUUUUUUUUUUUUUUCCAGCCAUAAUGAGAACCUACAUUGAGGAGAAACCAUUACUGCAGCUGAUGUAGGACUUUGAAGGACCAGAACCAGCCAGGAAGUCACAUUUAUGAUUAAGAAUUAAUGAUGUAGACCUGCCUCAUGCUCGGAGUGGGAUAAGGUUUUAAAGAUGGCAACGUUGUCAGGAGGUGUGGUCGAAAUAUCUGUAACGUAAUGUCUAGGGCUCAGGAGCAUGAACUCAAUAUCUUCCUGAGCCCCGAACUUUUGUUUGGUUACAGUUUUUAAUUUCUCCUAGCAAUCUGGGAUUCAGUGUCCUCAAACGUGACGACAAUGAAGUUUUAAAUAGUUCUAAAUAGAUGUAAAUCUGGGAACUUUUCAGAAAGGCCCCGUCCUUUAAAGCCACAGUGUGUAGGAAUUUCUCCCAUCUAACGUUGAAAUAAUAUAUAUUGCAUUCAAAUGGAUAGCGCGUUGUCCCCUCAAAUUAUCCAAGAUGGAUGACAAACGUCAAGAUUUCUGCUGGAACAGUUGUUACAGUUGAGGGUCAUUACUCCACCUGCUCGGGGACUGUCCAGCUGUUAAAACACCAGUCGGAAGUUUGAUAGUUUCCCUUAUGUCAGAGUUCUUUAUUGUUCCUGCUGGACCUGAAACCAGAAUGGAGCGUUGGAGUCACUGUUGACUGCCUGUGGACAUUGGAAGGAGCAUAAACCAUCCUGCUUCUGUAGGGAUUCAUGGCUGGAGGAAGACCUGGACUUGAAAUGGGCAGCCUGCCUCUUAAAAAAAGACUUUGAUAAGAUCCUGGAAGACCACUGGGACACUGUCUCUGGACUGUUCAAAUAGAGGCUUGGUCCCAUCGAGGAGUCUUGUAUAUAAGGAUGUAUGAGUGUGUUGUGAGUUCUGUGGAUCAUCCAACCAAGAGACUGACUGUGAUUGACCUGAAUGCCUCAAAGCUUAGAUUGUUGUCAUGGUAAUCGAUGUCCACAUCAAUAUUCAAAUCUAUCCAUUCAUUUUCAACCGCUUAACCGGGGGCAGCAGGCUGAGCAAAGCAUCCCAGACGUCCCUCUCCCCAGCAACACUUUCCAGCUCCUCCUGAGGCGUUCCCAGGCCAGAUGAUCCCUUCAGUGUGUUCUGGGUCUACCACGGGGUACCCCUGAUGUUAGAUUAGAGCAAGGCAGAGUCACGAAACUAUAAGUUGAAAUGUCCUUGUCCAACAAUAACUGAUACCAUUGCAGAUCAAGUACCCCACCUUUCGGCAAUGGCACUCCUAGACAACAGUGGACCCCACAGCAGGGUACUGCACCAUGCAACACAAAACCUGCUGGGGAAUGACCUGAGGAAUGUGACAGAGAGCUCAAGGUCUGGCCUCCAAAUUCUGCAGAUCCUGAUCUGAUAGAGUAUUCAUGGGACAUGCCAGUACCCAAGAGGUACCCCCGAUCCACAGAGGAGCCUCUUAGGAUCAGACUUGUCUCUGACCUGUUGAGUCAUGGAUACAGGUCCUCUGGGGGGUGUCCGGUGGUGUCUGACAGCAGAUCCUUUGGGUCCUGUUGGUUGUGUGGUGGGGUACCAACAAGUCCCACGGAUGGUCAGUCAGAUUGGGAUCUGGGGUAUUUGGCCAAAGGCUUGAGCUAUUUCUCAUGUUCCUUGGAUCAUUCCUAAAUGGCACUUUCCAUGUCAGUGGCCCUCCCCCAGCAGGACAAUGCACCACACCACACACCUGAGCAUUCGAAUACUUCACCAGUACGAUGGUCCAGCACAGUAUCCGCAUCACUGCAUUGUGGUGAAGAGGGAAUUGAGCCAGAAGGCGAAGCUUUCCAUUUCCUGGUCCAUCUCCGUCCCAACCCUCACCUAUGGUCAUGAGCUCUGGGCAGUGACUGAAAGAAUGAGGUCACAGAUACUAGUGUCUGAAAUGAGUUUCCUCUGUAGGGUGUCUGGGCUCAGCCUUAGAGACAGGGGGAGGAGUCAGACAUCUGGAGGGAGCUCGGAGUAGAGCUGCUGCUUCUUCAUGUUGAGGUGGUUCAACAUCUGAUCAGGAUCCUCCUGGUCCAGCUGGUAGGAGGCCCCGGGGCAGACCCAGAACACACUGGAGGGAUUAUAUAUCUCAUCUGGUCUGGGAACACCUCGGGGUCCUCCAGGAGGAGCUGGAAAGCGUUGCUGGGGAGAGGAACGUCUGGGCUGCUUUAUUUGGCCUGCUGCCGCUGAGACCCGGCUUCAGAUAAACCGAAUGGCAAUACAUUUUCUGUCAGUUUAUUAAUUGCACAAUAGCUCCAGCUGUACUUGUACAUUUUCAUGUUUUUGUGUGCAAAAAUCUGAAUUUCUAAAGUAACUAGUAAUUAAAGCUGUUAGAUAAAUGUAGUGGAGUAGAAGUAGAAAAUAGCAUGAGAGGAAAAGUACGUACAGUACCUGAAUACAUGUAUUUAGUUACACUUCCCCACUGGGUGCAGUUUAUAUUAUCCUUAUGAGUAUAUGGAGGGUCCUCAUGGUUUUGGAGGGUUCUCAGGGCUCUGGAGGGCUUUGAUGGCAGUUUUUUAGUUCAAAGUAAUUAAUACCACAAUUGAAUAAAAAUUGGCUGAAUAAAUCAGUAUAAAGAAUUAACCUUUGAUUUUGAAAAAGUGGAAGCACUCUGAGGCCCCCUCCCCCCUUAAAGGCGCAACAUGGUUUAGUCUGCCCCAGCACCAACGAAGACUGACUUGUCUUUAUCCAAAAAAAUGGAAACUGGGGCUCCAAAACGACAUGGAUCAAGAAAGGGUGGGCGGGGGGCCCACAGAGAGUGUUUACACACAGGGCACAGAAUUUGUUGCUGUGCCCCUGUAUAUAGUCGUCAAUGUGUGAAAACCAUAUCAGUACAGUCUACACUUAUUUUUGUUUAUUGACUUUGAGAAACUUUGUGUAAAAUAAUUUUUGUUUCUUAAAAUGUGUGUAACCAAAAUAAAAAUUAUGGUGGAAUAAUCU